ACCAUGUAUUACCAUGUCGAGCAAUGCCACGUCAUUCCAGAAGCCACACUUGAGAUUGCGUGACGGCAGGCGUCACGUUUUCGAUGGUUGUUUUUCUACCUUAUUGACACAGGAAAACCUCUUUAACUUUACAGACAACCCGGAUUUGAAUUGCCAGUCCGUAAGCAGACAUUUGUGAAAGUAAUCGAAUCGUUUCCAUAUUUGAUUACUACAAAGUCUCACAACGUACGGUGGAACCAAUCCAAUCCAUCCAUCGAACGCUCAUCUUCAAACCGAACCUAGCCGAAAUCGGCUCGAUCGAUCAGAACGUCCACUCGAAAUUUACAUUCGGAACUGCGCCGGGGGGUUUGCAUAGGUCAUGAGGGGUUGGUUUGGUCAAAAUCGUUCAAGAGCAGCAUGUACCUCCGGCAAGGCGUGGGGUUAUGUUCUGCACCGAUUACAGCUACUCCACUAAUCCACGGUCACGGUCAAACUAGAAGCUGUGCAGCAGCAGCAGCAGCAGUAGCCAGAGGGGUUGUAGCAAAGGCGAGGGCUAACGAUUUGUAUAAAUUUACAUAAUUCAUUUACCCCCUUUUCCUAAUUUAAAUGUUCCCUUUCAAUCCAAUUGGCGCACGGAGCGGGAAUGUCGGGGGUUUGAGGGUUUCGGUGGGAAAAGUAGAGUAGGAUGUAUCUGGCCGUGCAAAAAAAAGGGGUAUCGUUUGGACGUGCAGGUUGAUAUUGAGCCACUUCAGAUGUUUCACAAACCAUGUUGGUAGAUGCGACCGGCAGCAUGGAGUUGUUUGAUUGACAUGUGCACAAUGGGUAAAGGGGAUGGAUUUAUCUUUGCAUAAGGAUUCUAAAUAAAGUAACACUCUGUGGUAAAAUAUGCGUUGCUUAAAUUAUUCCAUAUUCUAUACAAGAACCACUAUUUCAUGAGUAAGCUCUACACAAAUAUUGCCCCAUUCUUUAUGUCCACCUUAAAGCACGCCCAUUCUCCCACUGUGUUCAACAUCAUUAUCAUCCACCGCGCGCAUAGCAGCCACAUUCCCGUCUAACCGUCCUACCUUUACAACCCGAAUCUCAAAUCCCAACCAACAUCAACCUAUCAUCGUUUCUGACACCGAAAUCAGUUCCGUUUGGACAGUGCGCGGAUAAAAAUGUACCACGGCUAGCGCUCCGUGGACUUGUUACGAAUCCCCCCCAAAAGCAAGUGACCAAAUUAUUCAAACCAUCAAACGGUUCAACGGUUCUAGGAAAGUGAUCUUUCGGAAAGGAGCAAACAACGCCUCAUCAUGCACACACCAGGAUCCUCGACGGCCGGUUACGCACUGCUGCUGAUCGUGCAGGUGGUUUUUAUAAUCGUGUUCGGGUUCUGCACCGAUUACGCCAAGGAGCUGUUGCCCGUGAAAAAUGAAACAGCCCGAGUCCACAGCCCUGCCGAGUCCGAGGGAGGAAAUCUGCGCAAAUAUCCUCACUUUCAAGACAUCCACGUGAUGAUCUUUGCCGGGUUUGCCUUUCUGAUGACGUUUCUGAAGCGGUAUGGCUUUAGUGCGUCCGGGCUGAACCUGCUCGUGGCCGCCCUGGUCGUCCAGUGGGCCAUCAUCAUGCGGGGCUGCUACGAGAUGGAAGACGGCAUCAUACCGAUCUCGCUACAGAACCUGAUCGGGGCGGACAUUGCAGCGGCGGCCGUACUGAUCAGCAUGGGCGCCCUGCUCGGCCGUACGACACCGAUCCAGCUACUUAUCAUGGGCAUUCUGGAGAUUGCGAUCUUCGCUGGCAACGAGUACCUGCAGCUGGAGCUGGUAAAGGCGGCCGAUGUCGGUGGCUCGAUCACGGUGCACGCAUUCGGUGCGUACUUCGGGCUGGCCGUGAGCUUUAUGCUACGACCGAAGAAGGAACAGGCGAAGGCCGGUCCGCUGGAAGGGUCAUCGUACAGCUCGGACAUCAGCGCCAUGAUCGGGACGAUCUUUUUGUGGAUCUUCUGGCCCAGCUUCAAUUCGGCACUGGUCGAUGGAGCGGACCAGGAGCGUGCCAUCAUCAACACGUAUCUUUCGCUCGCCGGAGCGACGGUGACUACGUUCGUGCUGUCCGCGCUAGUGUCCCACGAGCACAAGCUGGACAUGGUGCAUGUGCAGAACUCGACGCUGGCGGGCGGUGUGGCGGUAGGAUCGAUCUGCAAUCUGCUGAUCCACCCGUUCGGUGCACUGAUCGUCGGCGUUAUGGCAGGCGUUAUUUCCGUGCUGGGCUAUCGCUUUCUUACGCCCGCCAUACUGUCUAACCUGCGCAUUGCGGAUACGUGCGGUGUGCACAACCUGCACGGCAUGCCCGCCGUACUGUCGGCCAUCUUCUCCGCCAUUUAUGCAUCGUUUGCAAGUGUCGAAACAUACGGCACCUCAUUGGCUACGAUUUUCCCCGCGAUGCAGAAUCCGAACGCCACCAAUGCCACGUCGGAAAUGGAACCGCUGGAAUAUGUCAUCGGGGGAUAUGGCCGUUCCGGUGCUAAGCAGGGUGCUUUCCAGCUGAUGGCCAUUGGUUUAACGAUGGUGAUCGCCAUUGUUGGCGGGCUGAUAACCGGAUUGAUACUCAAAUCACCCUCAGUUCGUCAGUUGGAAGAACAUGAGCUGCACAAAGACGAUGCGUUCUGGGAAACGCCAUCAGAAGAGUCGACGAACACUACUAGCACCACCAACGAAUCAUCCAACUAGUAAUAGAAAAAGGAUUAAAUACAACGAACGAAGAAUCUUUCUCUUGAACAGCGUUCAAUUCUUCGUAGAGGUCGAAUUAAAAUAAACCACAGCAAAUUACAAAUUGUU